AGGUAAUGUAGGCAUUUCAGCUGUACACAAGAGAGGAAGCAGGCAUGUCAGCUCUUUGUCCACCACCGUCUCCUGCAGUUGCUAAAACAGAGAUCUCUUUGAAUGGCGAGUCACCUUUAUUAGCUGCCACUUUUGCUUACUGGGACAAUAUUCUUGGCCCUCGAGUGCGGCACAUCUGGGCCCCAAAGACAGAACAGGUACUUCUCAGUGAUGGUGAAAUAACUUUUCUUGCUAACCACACCCUGAAUGGAGAAAUACUUCGGAAUGCAGAAAGCGGUGCAAUAGAUGUGAAGUUCUUCGUCUUGGCGGAAAAAAGGGUAAUCAUUGUGUCAUUAAUCUUCGAUGGAAACUGGAAUGGAGACAGAAGCACAUAUGGACUAUCAAUUAUACUUCCACAAAGUGAACUUGGUUUCUACCUGCCGCUUCACAGAGUGUGCGUGGAUAGGUUAACACAUAUUAUAAGGAAAGGAAGAAUAUGGAUGCAUAAGGAGAGGCAAGGACAUUUCCAGAAGAUUGUCUUGGAAGGCACGGAGAGAAUGGAGGACCAGGGACAGAGCAUCAUUCCAAUGCUGACAGGAGAAGUCAUUCCUGUAAUGGAACUCCUUUCAUCUAUGAAAUCACACAGUGUUCCAGAAGAAAUAGAUAUAAGUGACACAGUGCUAAAUGAUGAUGACAUUGGGGAUAGCUGCCAUGAAGGCUUUCUCCUCAAUGCAAUUAGUUCACACCUGCAGACCUGUGGUUGUUCUGUAGUUGUAGGAAGCAGCGCAGAAAAAGUUAAUAAGAUUGUGAGAACAUUGUGUCUGUUUCUUACACCGUCAGAGCGGAAGUGUUCCAGACUCUGUAGAAAUGAGUCGUCUUUCAAAUACGAGUCAGGACUUUUUGUUCAAGGCUUACUCAAAGAUGCAACAGGAAGCUUUGUGUUGCCCUUCCGUCAAGUAAUGUAUGCCCCAUAUCCUACUACACAUAUAGAUGUAGAUGUCAAUACCGUAAAGCAGAUGCCCCCCUGUCAUGAACACAUCUAUAACCAACGACGAUAUAUGAGAUCCGAGCUGACAGCAUUUUGGAGAGCUAAUUCAGAUGAAGAAAUGUCUCAAGAUCAUAUUAUCCACACAGAUGAGAGUUUCACACCUGAUUUAAAUGUCUUUCAAGAUAUCCUGCAUCGAGAUACAUUAGUAAAAGCCUUCCUGGAUCAGAUCUUUCAUCUGAAGCCUGGCUUGUCUCUAAGGAGUACUUUCCUUGCACAAUUUCUGCUAGUCCUUCACAGAAAAGCCUUAACUUUAAUAAAAUACAUAGAGGAUGACACGCAAAAAGGAAAAAAACCUUUUAAGUCUCUUCGUAGCUUAAAGAUAGAUCUUGAUUUAACAGCAGAGGGCGACCUUAACAUAAUAAUGGCUUUGGCUGAGAAGCUUAAACCAGGUCUACAUUCCUUCAUCUUUGGGAGGCCGUUCUACACUAGCGUACAAGAACGUGAUAUGCUCAUGACGUUUUAA